AUGGGUCCUCCUCCUCGCCCAAGCAAGCGGUCCGGCGGCAAUGGGCUGCUUUACCCUGUUCUUGGCCUGGCGACCUUGGUUGCCUUCAUCUACUUCUCAUUUGGGGACGUGGGCUUCUUCCAUGGCGUGGAGCCGAAGAUGAGCUUCGUGGGGAGGAAUGGGACCCAGUUCGUUCUGGAUGGUAGGCCCUUCUACGUCAACGGGUGGAACUCCUAUUGGUUGAUGGACCAGGCUGUUGAGGACCAUAGCAGGCAUAGGGUUAGGGCCAUUUUUCAAACUGGUGCAGAGAUGGGCCUUACCGUCUGCAGGUCCUGGGCGUUCAAUGACGGAGCAUACAAUGCCCUGCAGGUCUCUCUCGGUCAGUUCGACGAGCGUGUCUUCAAGGUAUUGCACUCGAUAGUUUUUCCAUUUUAAGGUCUAUAAUUGUCUUGUUUGACCUUCCGUGGAAGCUAUGCUCCAUAGAAAUCGUUCAUUUCAGGGUCUAUAACUGGUUCAUUCUAUUUCUCUUUGAUAAUUGUUCUGCAAUAUGAUGCGAAAUUUCUUGCCUUUUUUGUCUCUUUUUGCUCAUCAUGCUUCAUCAUACUUGCCAAAUUUGUCAGGUUUUUAAUUUUAUGGGUGGAAAUUUCUCAGAAUUUUUAUUUGCAUUUUUUAUAAGCAUACUUUCCAUAGAAAUUACACUCUGUAGAGAUAUGGAAUCUUAUGUAGGACUCUUCACUUUUUUAAUACUCGGUUUAUUCUAUUUUUGUACACCUAAUUUUAACCUUAAUGCGGAGAAAUUUUUCCAAGCGAUUUUUAUCUUUUAUGAACAUGCUUUCUGUAGAAGCCGAUUUCUUGCUUCUUUUGGUGCCUCCAUCUUGUUCUUAAUGUUCUGCCAUAAUCACCCGAUUUGUCAAACUUUUAUUUUUAUGAGGACAACUUUAUCUAGCAGGUUUUUAUUUUUUAUAUUUUUUAUGAAAAGAUCUUUCCUGCUUUCCUGGUACCUCUUUUUUUUUUUGUUCUUAAAUGCUCCAUCACACCCACCCAAAAAUUCAACUGUUUUUUUAUGAAAAAAAUCAAGGAAUUUUAUUUUUUAUGAACAUGCGUUCCAUAGAAGCUACUUUAUGAUUUUUAUUUUUAUGAGGUAAAAUUUAUCUAGCAGUCACGGAUUUUUCUUGUACGGUAGGCAUUGGAUCGAGUCAUCGCCGAGGCUCGAAAGCAUGGAAUCAGGCUCCUUCUCAGCUUGGCCAAUAACUUGGAAGCAUAUGGGGGGAAGACUCAGUAUGUUAGAUGGGCAUGGGAAGAGGGUGUCGGCUUGGGCUCUUCAAAUGAUUCUUUCUUUGUUGACCCCACCAUUCGCAGUUAUUUUAAACUUUACUUGAAGGUACUUCCUUCCCUAUAAUAUAUAUAUAUAUAUAUAUAUAUAUAUUUAUUUAUUUAUCUUUUUUUGUUAUUUCACUCUAGAGGAUCUGAGUAAUAUUCUGGAUCAUCUAUUUCUGCAGACCCUGUUAACAAGAAAAAAUCAUCUGACUGGGAUCGAGUAUAGGGAAGAUCCGACGAUCUUUGGGUGGGAGUUGAUGAAUGAACCGCGGUGCAUGACUGAUGCAACUGGCAACACUCUUCAGGUGAGCCUCUCCUACUUUUGAAGACAAUUGUGGGUCUGAAUUAAAAUUAUUUAAUAUUACAAUAAAACGACUGCCUUUUUAGUUCUGGAUAUUUUUUUAAGAAAAAAACCCAACUGGGAAAGCAGGGAGGGGGGUGCGUUUGGUUAAUUUAGGGUUCAGGGCAUAGAGUUCCGCCAUAGAAUAGUUUUCUGUUCAUCUCCUAGUCUUGUCCAGAUUAUUAAAAAUAUAAUUUAUAUCCUCAAUGCUGGAGUUUGUUUUCAACCGAUUUUUGAAAAGUGACGAAAUUAAAACAAAUUAUUCCCCCAAGAUCAUGUAAACAUGAAGCUCCGAAAAGGAGAACAAAUCUGUAUUUUUUUCUGUUUAAUUAAUGAAAUGGAAAGAGAGGUGGUCAAUGGCUUAUUUCCAUAAAUACCUUUCGGAUAUGAACCUGGCUAGAUAAAGUUGACCUUGGUCGAAUAUAAGUAGUGUGGUCACUAGAAGGUCAACCCAUCUGAAAAUUUCAGCAGUAAAUGGGUUGGUUAGGGCUGGAUGACCACCAUUCAUCGAGUAACUUUAUUUACUGACUACCAUUUAAUUUUAUUAAUAGUUCCAUCGUUCAGUUUGGUUAAAUGGGUCGCAUUGGAUCACAGCUUUGACCCAUUAUUUUACUGGAUUAAAUCAGAGAUGUUCUUGACUAGAAUCAUGAUUAAACCUAUGAAAAGCGCAUGCUCAAUCGAAUCCUUUUAUGAACAAUCUCCAUAAUCUCCAUAAUUCAUCUGUUUUGGAUGAUUGCAGGGUUGGAUCGAAGAAAUGGCGCGGUAUGUGAAAUCGCUCGAUCGAAAGCACCUACUGACAGUCGGGCUGGAAGGAUUCUAUGGCCCUACAAGCCCUCAGGAAAAAUUAAAUGUGAACCCGGCAGAAUGGGCCAGCCAGCUGGGUGUGGAUUUCAUCCGGAACUCGAAGAUUGCCACCAUUGACUUCGCAUCAGUGCAUAUCUACCCUGAUCAUUGGUAAGAUUCCCGCCGACUCUCUCUCUCUCUCUCUCCUCUCCUCUCUCAAUCCAAGCCGUCAUGUAUCUCCACUGCAUCCCCACUCACAACUUGCAGUUUCCAAUAAAAGCAGGGGACCCACCAUUAAGUUGAACAUGAAUGAGCCAAAGAAUCUAUUGAAGAGACUCAAGGAUCAGGUUUAAAGUGAUCCUCGGUUAAAUUUUUGGUGAAAACGUAGGAGUUUUCUCCACCAGUCGCCAAUUGAUUUUGAGUUCCAUCUUUCUUGGGUUAGAUUGCCUUCCCAUCUGUCCUUACCCACUCGGUAGUUUCAUGCAAAUAAACAGUUAUCUCACAUGGAAUGAGAAAGAUUAAGUAUUUUUCUUAUAAGAAUGCACGAUUUUAUUCAUUACUAUUAAUUAAUGACCCUUUCGAUCCAUUUUAUUACCUUUCAUUUGUCUGGGUCCCUAUGAAAACGGAAAAAAAAUGAUUUUUUGUGCAGGUUUGCGGGGAAAGAGGUCGGCAUUGAUGCAAAAACCAGGUACAUAAAAAAAUGGAUGAAGUUUCACAUCAGUGAUGGCGACAGAGAACUCGGGAAGCCCGUCGUGUUCACGGAGUUUGGCCUCUCUGAUAGGAUCAAGGGCUUCCGGCCCUCCCACCGGGUGUCCUUCUACAAGGCCAUCCUCGACGUUGUGUUCGGGUCCGCUCAGCAGGGCGGCGCCGGCGGCGGGGCCUUCAUUUGGCAGCUGAUCGUUGGCGGCAUGGAGGAGAACAACGACGAGUUUGGCCUGGUCCCGCAUGCGGCGCCACCCAUCUAUAAGCUACUGAAGGAGCAAUCCUCCCGGCUGGCUGCCAUCGGGCAUGGGAAGGACUCGUCAAGGGCGAAGAUCUCUGGGGAGAGCUUCUGA